GCAGGUGGUGGUGAUGGUGAAGACUACGAAAACGAGCCACCAUUGCUCGAAGAGCUCGGGAUUAAUUUCUCUCAUAUCAAAGAAAAGACGUUUGCUGUACUGAAUCCAACAAGUAGUGCAUCACCCGAAGUUAUCGAGGAUCAAGACCUGGCAGGACCUCUAGUAUUCUGCUUGUUGUUUGGAUUUGCAUUACUACUUCAUGGGAAAAUGACGUUCGGUUAUAUUUACGGCAUAGGUGGGCUUGGAUGUGUGGGCAUGUAUGCUUUGAUGAAUCUCAUGGCGGCGGAAAAGACGAUCUCAUUCACAUGCACAGCUUCUGUGUUGGGUUACUGUUUACUUCCGAUGGCGCUUCUCAGCCUGGUAACGGCAGUGUUGUCCUUCAAGGGAGUUUUCGGAUAUUCGGUGUCGGCAUUGGCUGUUAUAUGGUGUAGUUCGGCGUCGUCAAAGCUAUUUGUGAUAGCUCUUUCUAUGCACCAGCAACGCCUUUUGGUAGCGUAUCCAUGCGUCUGCUCUACUCCGUUUUUGCAUUGUUGGCCAUUUUUUGAAGAUUUCCGAGUUGACAUGAAAUUGGUUUUUGGUGAAAGUGAGCCGCACAAGUGCUUUCUAAACAUCUGUCAUUGUGAGGAGCUACCGCCACCAACCGAGGAUAUUGAUGAAGACGAGCUUGCAGCUCGUAUUGAUAAAGGAGAUGUUGGUUACCGUAUACCAGUCAGCAUUGGUGAACUCGAUAGUGUCGUUGAUAAUAAGAAUGUUAAUCAGCCAAAGAUCGACGUGCUGGUGAAUAGCGUGUUUUACGAGAAAAGGCUCGCACCGCCUGCUGCCAAUUUUUUCCGCCAUUUCUUCUGUAUGGUAGUGUGUGACGCCAUCGAAGAUAAGCAUCAUUUGAAACUGGAUCCAAAUAAAUGUGUGAAGCUGAAAAAUCGUACAGUGAUGGGCUGUAUUGAACCAAUGAAGAUCGCCAAGAGGCCAGUGGCACCGGUGAUUCAGGAAAUCGCAUCAAUUGACCCAGAGCCGGAACCAAGGAUACCGGAAGUCAGUCAGCCGGCAUGCAUUUCCAUACGGCUUCUAAAGGGAACACAUCUUGAAGUUGAGCUGUCUUUGAAAAAAGAAGAGCUUUGUUCAAUCAAAAGGUAA